AUGGCCAGCGGUCUAGGAUCAAUAUCUGGCAUUGGGGCUGUGGAUGAUCCUCGUCUCAGCAAUGACGGCCGAGACCAGACCACUUACCCAACUAGGGUGCUGCAGAAGCUCCAUGAUUCCAGCAUCCCGCUAGAGGAAUAUCUGCACUAUGCAAAGAUGUCUCGAGCAGAAGAAGACCGUCUUUAUGGACCAGGAAGUGAUUACAUUGCGGGUCCCGGUCCAGUUAUGACUUUCAUCAAUGAGAAGAUCCUUCGCCAACAGGUGGAGCACCGUGUUGUUCCACAGCCACGACUAUCUAUCAGCGCCCAAGGAGAAGGACAGAUGGAAAAGACUCCCUCUGAUCCAGCCGAUGAAAAGACGGCAUACGAAAAGAGAGCGUAUCCUCCUAUGCCUAUCUCUGAUGACGAGUGGAUCCAGGCAUCACGGGCUGCGAGAACAGCUACUUGGGGUGCUGUCUUCUAUCUGAUCACGACCGAUAUUCUCGGCCCUUUCAGCACAGGUUACUCUUUCAGUCAAAUGGGUCUCGGACCCGGUGUUGCGCUCUUCACAGUCUUCGGAGCUCUGGCCGGCUACAGCGGAUAUCAACUUUGGCGUCUGUUCAUCCAACUCGACAGCGACCGCCAUCCGAUGAAAGGCUACGGUGACAUUGCCCUCCGUGUUUAUGGACCCUGGUUCCGACACACAUGCAAUUUUUUGCAGUCCUUCCAGUUCUUCUUGAAUGUCGCCUUGAUUGUCCUCAGCAGUGGCCAGUCCAUCAGCCAGCUGUCCAAGGGUAAUUUGUGCUUCAUUGUCUGCGUUGUGGUCUGCGCCAUUGCCGGAUGCUUGGUCGGACAAAUUCGAACUCUUCAGCGAUUCGGCUGGUUAGCUUCUUGCGCCGUGUUCCUCAACUUGUUCAUCAUCUUCGCUACCAUGGGUGUCAUGGCCCACUCGGACCCCAAUUAUGAACUCUAUGCAGCGUCGCACCCUGACUUUGACGUUAACCAUCCUGACCCUAUUCAAGUCUCGGGCUCCGCUCCCCCGGGCCUGGACAUCGUCGACAAUGUCAAUGGUUUGAUGAACGCCGUUUUCUCUUUCGGUGGAGCCACCUUGUUCGUUGAGCUGAUGGCUGAGAUGCGUCGACCCAUGGAUUUCUGGAAAGGUCUGCUGUGUGCCGAUAUCCUCAUCUAUGCCUGCUACAUGGUCUACGGCAUCUACUCGUACUGCAUGCAAGGGCAAUAUGUCUACAACGUCUCAUACCAAGGCGUCUCACCAUACGGCUGGCAGACAGCAUGCAAUAUCAUCGGUCUGAUCACUGGUAUCAUUGCCGCGGUGCUCUACGGCAACAUCGGGAUUAAAGUGCUCUACAACAAUCUUGGCCGGGACCUUCUCAACUUCCCGGCUCUGGAGACCAAAACGGGCAAAUGGAUCUGGGUGGUGUUUGUGCCCGUUUACUGGCUAACCGCAUGGAUUGUCGCCUCCUCCGUGCCCCAAAUCAACACAUGGAUCGUUAUCGUCGGCGCCGGUUGCAUUCUACAAUUCACUUACACAUUCCCUCCCUUCCUGAUGCUUGGCUUCAAGACCCAGCGCGAUGCCAUCCUCCCUCAGGAGACCUUCGAUCCGGCUACAGGCCGAAUUAAUCGCGUGGACAGCGGCAUUAAGCGCUGGAUCCGCGGUUUCAAGAAAGAGCUCUUGUGGAAUCUCUUCGAUCUCAUUUACUAUCUCGGCUCAUGUGUCACGUGUAUCCUCGGCUUGUACGCUGGGUUCACGACGAUGAUCGAUGCCUAUGAGAAUUCUCCCAACUUGUCGGCGUGGCGGUGCAGUUCUCCUACUGGGUGA